UGCCUCCAAAUCUUUCCUUUCCCAAACAAUUUCACUCCUAUAUCUUUUCUCUGUCUCUGCUCUUUUUAUUCAUGCCAGCCAACAAAUGGAAUAUAUCAUGAGACUCGUCCUGAUUAUGUAUCUGUUCUUCAUCGCGUCUCGUCAGCAAGUUUCAUCGGAAUCUAUUACCAGAGAGAGUUUUCCAGAUGGGUUUGUGUUCGGGACAGCUUCUUCAGCUUACCAGUUCGAAGGAGCUGUGAAUGAAGGAAACAAAGGAGAUAGCAUAUGGGACACUUUCACCAAGAAACCAGGAAAGAUAUUGGAUUUCAGCAAUGCGGAUACUACGGUUGAUCAAUAUCAUAGAUUCCAUAGUGAUAUAGAUCUUAUGAAAGAUCUGGGAAUGGAUGCUUACAGAUUCUCUAUAUCUUGGACUAGAAUAUUCCCUAAUGGAACAGGGGAAGUAAACCCAGAUGGGCUUGAGUACUACAACAGUCUCAUAGACACACUUUUAGCCAAAGGAAUCAAACCUUACGUGACAUUGUAUCACUGGGAUCUCCCACAAGCUUUAGAAGACAGAUAUGAAGGAUGGCUGAGCAGACAAGUCGUGGAUGAUUUCGAGCGUUAUGCAUUCACCUGUUUCAAAGCAUUCGGAGACAGAGUGAAGUACUGGAUCACUUUCAAUGAGCCACGCGGGCUAACGAUCCAAGGCUAUGACACAGGGAUACAGGCUCCAGGGAGGUGCUCACUUCUGGGACAUUGGUUCUGUAAGGAAGGGAAGUCAUCGGUGGAGCCUUAUGUUGUAGCUCAUAACAUUCUCUUGUCUCAUGCUGCUGCUUACCACACAUACCAGAAACACUUCAAGAAGAAACAAGGUGGUCGAAUAGGGAUGUCGUUAGAUGCAAAAUGGUUUGAGCCAAUGUCUGAUUGUGAUGAGGACAGAGAUGCAGCUCGUAGGGCAAUGGAUUUUGGGAUCGGAUGGUUUAUGGAUCCUCUAAUAAAUGGAGACUAUCCAGCUUCAAUGAAGAGACUAGUGGAAGAGAGACUACCAGAGAUAACAGCAGAGAUGUCUAGAACCAUAAAAGGGGCAUUUGACUUCUUUGGAAUCAACCACUACACGACACUGUACACAAGGAACGACAGAACAAGGAUAAGGAAACUGAUUCUACAAGAUGCUUCUUCUGAUGCAGCAGUGAUCACUAGCUGUAAGAUCCAUACACACACACACUAUCUCUCAGAUCAUAUCUUCACUACUGAUGUUCUUGUUUGCUCACUAAUUGCUGUAGCAUUUCGAGGAGGAGUAGCUAUAGGAGAAAAAGCAGGAUCAAGCUGGCUACACAUAGUCCCAUGGGGAAUCAGGAAACUAGCAGUGUAUCUCAAAGACGUCUACGGAAACCCUCCUGUCUUCAUCACAGAAAACGGUAUGGAUGAGAAGAACAACCCAUUCAUAGACAUGGAGAAAGCAUUACAAGAUGACAAGAGGAUUAGCUUCCACAGAGACUACAUCUCCAACUUAUCAGCUGCCAUUAGGAAGGAUGGUUGUGAUGUGAGAGGGUACUUCGUGUGGUCAUUGCUAGACAACUGGGAGUGGAACUCUGGUUACACUGUCCGGUUCGGGAUAUACUAUGUGGACUAUAAGAACAACCUCACAAGGGUUCCUAAAGCCUCUGCUCGAUGGUUUCGAACGUUGCUUCAUUCGGAACGGGUUGAUCUUAGCUCUUCUUCGUUAGAUUCUGACAAGCUUCUGCAGGAGAAAUGAGAGGUCAAAGGCGGAGGAAUAUAUACGGAUUUGUUCAUACAAAAAAGGUCAAAUUUUUUUGUUGGCAAUGUGAAACAGAUUCAAGCAGAAAUAUAGCGAUCUCAAAAUUAAUUGAUAGAAA